AUGUUGAGAACUUCUUUGAACACGGCCGCCAGAUCCACCCAAAGAUUCGGCACGGUUAGAUGCGCCAGUGCCCUGUCGAAUGCCACGGUGACGAACAUAGAAGCCAGAUGGGAGCAGAUCCCUGAAUCGGACCAGAAGGAUAUCAUUGAUGCCUUGAGCGAAAGACAGAAAUUGCCAUGGACUGAUUUGACCAACGCCGAGAAGAAGGCUUCCUGGUACAUUUCUUUUGGUGAAUGGGGACCAAGAAGACCUGUUCACUCUUCAGCUGACAAGACCUACAUCUUCUGGGGUGUUGUUAUCGGUUUGUCUCUUUCGGCGACCACCUUCUUGGCCUUCCGUUCUCAACGUAAUGUGCCAAAGACAAUGAACCGUGAGUGGCAAGAGGCCUCCGACGAAAUUCUCAAGGAGAGAAACACCAAUCCUUUCACCGGUUACUCCCAGGUUCAAUCGAAAUAG